AUGGAACCCCUGGGGGCUGUUGCGAGCUCAAUAGCUCUUGGCCAAGCCAUCGGCGCAGUCCGGCAUAUAGUGAGGCUAAUGCACGAGAUACCCGACAUCCAGCAUGAUUUCAAUGAGCUCAGGCAAGACAUCAACCUCAUCACAGCAAUGCUCAAUGACGUGCAGAAUGAGAUUGCUACACGGGGAUCCAAUUCGGUAUUGGGAACAACGGGGGAAAUGCUAGUGGGACGCACUGCCCAACGACUCGAAGAAAUCAACAACGAGCUUCAACGCUUCGUGGAGCAUUGCGGAAAGGAGUCGAUAGACAACACUGUCAAGGCAAAGAAGCGGAAAUGGAUAAUGCAAAGCGACAAAUUGCAGAAACUCCGCGAAAAGGCCACUGACGCCAAAAUUAAUCUUCAUCUAGCUCUCACUUCUCAAAUCAGGGGCCUUAUGUGCGAGCAAAGCCUAGUGUUACUAGCCGAGCACAUUCUAUUCAAUCCAGACUUGACAGACCAGCUUAGGUCUCUCCUAAAUCGAGUUAUAUCAUCGGCGGAUGAAAGCAACGAAGCUUACGACACGCGUCUUUGUCAAGCCAUCUGGAAAGACCUCGACAUAUCCCUCAUCCGUCAAGCACUCGACGACGAGCCCUGGACUGUCAACGAAUUUACAGACGCCGGUUACUCACCACUAGAACUUGCCAUUAUCCUACGAAGGGAUGGGCCAGAAGUUGUUGAGCUCCUACUUGCCCGAGGCGCCGAUGCUAAUUUACCGGACAGCUCGGGUGCAAUACCUCUCAUGGUUGCUGUAGGAUGCGGCAACUUGGAGUGCAUUCGGAUCCUAUCUCGGAUCAAAGGGACUAUAGAAGCGACUGAUUUCUGGGGAAAUACAGCACUACAUUUAGCUGCCUGCCUCAACCGACUCGAGGCAGUCCAGCUACUGCUUACUGCAGGCUCUCGGGCAUCGGUUGGCAAUUGUUAUGGAGAGACAGCACUACAUGGGGUCGAUUUAGUCAAUUCGAUCGAUCCAUCCAAUUUGAUCGGCUUACCCAAGAGGCAAGAUGAACAAGCCGCAAUAGAGAUUUCACGACUCCUUCUCACACACCGAGGCAUGGGGAUCGAAGCGAAAACCUGCACAGGGAAUACCCCGGUACUAGAGGCAGUAGGGACUAACAGAAUCCACGUUGCCCGUUUUCUCGUCGAGGAAGGAGCUUUUUUGCAUGUUAUCAAUGAUUCAGGCAACACUCUGCUUCACAUUGCUGCUGUUUCCUGCAACCUGCAAACCUUGCAGUACCUUGAUAGUUUGAGUUUAUCGGGGAUGGACCUCAAUCACCUCAAUACCAAUGGAUCUACUGCCUGGGAUAUCUUUCAGGUCGCCAUCUAUACGCCAUUAGGAUACCUCGGCCGUGGGCGGCGCCCAUCUAUUGAAGAACAGCAAGCAUUCACCAAUCUCUACGAGGGAAUUCGAAACAGGACGGCCGAGCAAGACAUCACACGCCUCGAGCAAGUUUUGCACGCAUUUUCACAAGGAGAAACAACUACUGCACGGUUCCUACUUCAAACUCUAGUCGAGGAGAAACGAAAAUGGGCAAGUGGUCUUCACAAGUGGUAUCGGAUUCUUGCCGGUCAGGUACAGAAAGGAGAGCUAGAUGCUGUCGUCGGGAGCAUCGAAGAUUACAUCGAGGAGUUGCGGGAACUGAUACAAAGCUCGGCCUGGGACCUCCCGUCUAGAUUUACGCCUCGACCAGAACCUGAAGAGGACCGAGAGCUUGAGAUGGAGGAUCAGAUUUCCAAGGAGUAUGUGGAUUCUGAAGAUGGCAGUUAUGGGGGAAAAUAUGACAUUUAA